CAUCAAGUACGCAAAUUAUGGAAGCGAGAGAUUGAUAUCAUCUGCACUGUAAUGUUUUCGCUAGCGCCGCUAAAUCAAAGGAAUUUAGCCCCGACUCAAACCAGGAGCAAAGUAAGUCGAUAAGAGGCAAAGUGUGUUGUACGGAAAUGCCGGUCGCGCCUUCAUGCGGGCCUUUGGCUAUCUAUUAAUCUGUGAUAUUACAUAUAUGAUCUUUGAACAGUCUCAAAUUUUCGCGAUACGCCAUCUUGUAUCAUUAUCAUCAUCCAAAGUCGUGAUGAAAAAAAAAAGAAAAAAUGGAAAAAAAAAAAAAAACACAUUGUAACAUUUUUUAAUAUAAAUGGUUGCGACUGCUCGGCAGAGCAUGUCUGGCUUUCGGAAAGAGCGAGAGUAAUCCGCAUCUCGUCGUCAUCGAGAAAUUUCUCCACGAACCGCGCGUCGCGCGCUCGAUAUGAGGUUCAUUCAAUUCACAAGCAAGAAUGGGGGCCCUCAACAGCUCGGGGUUCAGCUAAAACAGGGAGGCGACAUCGUCAUCUUGUCGACGGCCGAUUCACAGAUCCCGAAUAUGAUGACAAAGUUUCUCGAGGGUGGUGAAGACCUUUUCAAAAAGGCUAAAAAAAUAGUCGCCGAGAAACGGAACAUUAUAGCUGAGGACGACGUCAACUUUCUGGCGCCAAUUACAUGUAUGGACAAAGUCUUCUGCAUCGGUCUCAACUAUGCUGAAUAUUGCCUGCAGCAAGGUAAAUCGGUUCCGGAGAGUCCGAUAGUCUUUAGCAAAUUUCCCAGCACUACCAUCGGACCAUAUGAUAAUAUCCAGAUACCACAGAUCUCGGACAAAGUCGACUGGGAGGCUGAGCUGACGAUAGUGAUCGGCAAAAAAUGCAAAAACCUCAGCAAUAACGCCGAGGAUUGUAUAUUCGGUUAUACAGCGGCCCAGGAUAUAUCGGCACGCGAUUGGCAAAGGCGUAAUGGCGGUCAAUUUCUGCUCGGCAAAGCGAUGGACACAUUCUGUCCGCUUGGCCCGGUAAUUGUCACUAAAGAAGCGAUAAGCGAUAUCGAUGAUCUGUCCAUUAGGACCUGGGUGAAUGGGGUAAUAAAGCAAGAUGGCAAUACCAGCGAACUUAUCUUCAAACCCCCCCAAUUAGUCGCUUACAUUUCGCAAUUUAUGACACUGCUACCAGGCGACAUUAUUCUUACCGGUACACCUGCUGGUGUGGGAUUCACGCGCAAACCACCAGAAUUUCUACAACGUGGCGAUGUAUUGGAAACUGAGAUCGAGGAUGUGGGACGUCUGAAAAACAAUGUCGUCUGAACUAAGAAAUCAAUAUCACUUUCUGCAGCGAUAUCGAUUAAUACAAAAUCCGAUGUCUAUGUUGCGAGAUAUAUGAAUCACAUAUGUAAUGUUAGAUAUUAAU